CCACAAGUAUAUUUCUGGAUACCCAAAUUCGUGACUGGAACUUACUUAUCCCAGUUACUUCAAAGUGAUAAGAAAAUUAAGGACUUAGGAUCGAUUAAGGAAAGUCACAUAAUAAAGCGUGUACAGCUUUUAAAAGCCAAUCGUAAUUACCUUUCAAGAGAAUCUUUUUAUGCUCGAGUGCAUAGUUUUUGUGAUGAGGUUUCCGGCAUUUUACGAGAGAAUCCUUCUAAAAAGCCUUUACAGGGUCUUUCUAUGGAUCCUGAGAAAUUGGCAACCUCACUUAAAAAUAACAUGCAACUUAUGAUUACCCAGAUAAUUUUGUAUAAUUGGGUUAAUUAUUUCUUCUACGGAUUUUUGACAACGAAAGUACCUUUUCCGUUAACAUUGUCAUUUAAAACUAUGACUCAAAGCGGAGUGGAACUAGAGACUCUUGAUGCUUCCUGGAUCAGCUCGUUUAGCUGGUAUAUUCUAAACAUGUCUGGAACGAGAGGCUUGAUCACUCUAAUCUUGGAAGAUGAGACGACUUCAGAUGAUUUUACUUUGAUGCAAAGUCAUUUAAAAGAAUCUUCUCAGCAAAUUACUGAUGCCAAUGCGAUUUUUAAGGCCGAACGAGAAGAAUUAAAAGUGUUAAGUCAUAGCUUUUUACUUGAAGAUAUAGAAAGUCCACUACGAGAGUCGCUGGUGGCGCUAAGUAGAAAGCACUGA